AUUGGACUCAUGUGCUUCCUACAAUUGAUCGAUUUUGGAUGGUAGAUCGGAACCCAUGGAGCAGUGAACUUCACUAUGUCGCAAUUCACCAUUCAUACGUCGUCCUUGUUCGAUCCCAAGCUCAAGGUAUUCCGUCCCAAUGUCUCUGUCACGGUCGAUCCUAUCAGUGGCCUCAUUGUGCGUGUCUUUGAACGCGACGCGGAGACACCAUUAUCCGAGAUUCUGCAGCCUGGCGAUAUAGAUCUCAGUGGAAAGUAUGUGUUGCCUGGACUGGUUGACGCGCACACGCACAUCUUUCUCCAUUCGUACGAUGAGGCAGGAGCACUCCAGCAAAAGCGCGAUGAAAGCAUUGGAGAACGCAUGGUCCGAGCAGUUAAUCACUGCCGCACAGCAUUGCUAGCUGGGUACACGUCCUAUAGAGACCUCGGCUCCGAAGGAAUGCAAGAUUUCGACGCCAACAUCCGCGACGCCAUCGCUCGAGGCCUCACUCCCGGCCCCCGCCUAUUUGUAGCCACCAAAGUCCUCGCCAGCACCGGAUCCUUCGAAUGUCGGACAGAAAACAGCGCAGGGGGUCACUGCCUCCCCUCCAGUGCCGAUGCAGUCGACGGUGUAGAGGCAUGUCGUCAGGCCGUUCGUCGCCGCAUAGCUGCUGGUGCAGACAUCAUCAAGUUCUUCGCCGACUACCGAAGGAGAAUCAUGCGAUAUCCCCCUGCGCAACAACACCCGUAUAUUGCGGGUGUCCUACAUCCUCCCAAGGAACCGAAUCCGGAUUACAUGGUAUUUUCGAAGGAAGAGAUGCAGACGAUCGUGGCAGAGGCGAAAUUGGCCAGAUGUCCAGUUUCAGCGCACUGUGCGACGCUUGAGGGUGCGAUGGCUGCCAUUGAGGCAGGAGUGUCCACCAUUGAGCAUGCGUAUCAAACUACAGAUGAGAUGUUUGAGCAGAUGGUGAAGAAGGGUGUGAUUCUGGUGCCGACGCUGGCUAUAGCGGAGAGAUUGCACGCAAGACGGUUUGAUCAGAUCUUGAGUGGGGUCAAGAGGGCGCAUGAGAUGGGAGUGAGGCUGGCUUGUGGUGGGGAUACCGGCACCUAUCCUCAUGGUGAGAAUGUUCGAGAGCUGGAGCUCAUGGUCCAAGCGCGUAUCCCACUAAGUGAGGUUCUGGAGGCUUGUACUGUCGGUGGGUGGGAGGCUUGUGGAGGAGAUCUGUGUGGUAGACGGUUCGGAUGGUUUGAGGAGGGAACUCAGGCGGAUAUCAUUGCUUUGUGUGGCAAUCCAGAGGAAGAUCCGGGGGCUUUGAGGGAGGUCGACUUUGUCAUGAAAGAUGGAAGAGUGUGGAAGAUUGAUGGUCUGCCUAAGGGCAUGUUCUAGUGUUAUCUGGAUAUGUUUGGGAGUAGAGAUAUUCUGAGUAAUAAUCAGCCCAGGGUACUCGAUGUAGCUGUGUUUCAAAAGAAAAGCCGAAAUAUUGAUGACCUAAUUCCCAACCCAAUAACUACUCCAAAACUCGCAUUGGAGGUACG